AUGAAACCGCGCAAGUAUCCCUGCAGGCCCAGCAGGGUUCCCGUCCACGAGCGUCCCUAUCCGUGCCCAGAAAAAUCGUGCGACAGACGAUUUUGUCGCAGCGACGAGCUGGCGAGGCACGUGCGAAUUCACACGGGACACCGACCCUUCCAGUGCCAGGUGUGCAUGCGGACGUUCAGCAGGAGCGACCACGUGACGACGCACAUGCGCACGCACACGGGGGAGCGACCGUUC